CUGGUUCAGAAAAAUCACACCAACAAUAACGAGACUAUCACCAUGGCGAUAUUGACCAUCAUUCUGCUUGUCAGCACGGCUUUUGCUCUGGGAGAUACUAUGAUACUACCCAAGCCCCCAUGUGAGGAUGCUAGAGAUUCCGUGCCACAUGGCCAAGUUGGAGCCUACAUCCCCACGUGUGACGCCGCUGGACAAUACACCCCUGAGCAAUGUUGGGGCUCUACAGGUUACUGUUGGUGUGUGAACAGUUCUGGACAGAAGAUCCAGGGUACUGACACUCCACCAGGCACUGCUAGAAUCAUCUGUUCCACCCAGAAUGGUGCGAUACGACCCAAGACCCCAUGUGAGGAUGCUAGAAAUGCUGCCGUGCCACAUGGCCAAGUUGGAGCCUACAUCCCCAUGUGUGACGCCGCUGGACAAUACACCCCUGAGCAAUGUUGGGGCUCUACAGGUUACUGUUGGUGUGUGAACAGUUCUGGACAGAAGAUCCAGGGUACUGACACUCCACCAGGCACUGCUAGAAUCAACUGUUCCACUAAGUCUAAAUGAGGCCCUGUGGUGGUAAAGGAGGCCCCACUAUAUAGUCCGACACAUCACUACUCUUGCUUCCUACCUUGCUUCCUACCUUGGACCUCUUUAUGCUUUCUUUACAAGAUGCUCCAAUGAUUUCAGUGUCAUGAUCUCCCUUCUUCCUGUGUCCCUCUGUCAUGACAUCUCUUCAUCUCUUCUAAUGUAAUUCUAAUUAUGACAGCUGUGGUCCUCCAUAGACAUCGUCAUGUCAUUCCAAUAUAUACAGGAGUUCAGAGUCCAGAAUCAGAACCAUGCUACUCUGAGUCUGAAGAAUUGUUCCAGACCACAGAGGGAUGAAAGAUCCCUUGACUGAUUCUACAUCGUCACAUUUCACUAAAUCAUUCCCUUGUUUGCUUCAUGCAUUAUAUCACCCUGUAAAAUAAAGUACAUGCUCUUCA